AUGGACGACACGCCCGCGCCGAAGCUCUCGGAGCUGCUGCGGCACCCCGACGACCUCGACAAGAUCCCCGGGCUCAAGCAGGAGUUUGCGCGCAAAAAGGGUGCCGUCGACGGGCAGCUGCGCAACGGCCUGCGCGAGCAGCUCGAGCGCACCCAGUCGGGCAUGAACGGCCUCGCCGACGGCCAGCGCACCGUGCAGCUCAUCAAGGACGAGAUGAUGCACAUUGACCGCCUCUGCUCCGAGUCGCAGACCAUGAUCCAGGACUUUGCCAGCAUCAACCUGGUCUCGCAGGCCCAUCGCAACUUUGUCGCCGUCGAGACGAUGCGCCGCAACCUCGAGGCGUUUGACGACCGCCUCAACGUCGUCGAGACGAUGCUGCGCGCCGACGACGAGGACCAAGAAAACAUGCCCAAUCUGCUGCCCUGCCACUACGAGCUCACGCAGCUGCGCAACAUCCGCGACGACGCCAUGGAGCAGAUUCAGCGCGCUGACGACUCCUCCCUCGAGGCGACCCUGGAAGACUACUUUGCGCGUCUCGACGACGUCAUUGACUGGUUCGACGAGCACGUCGGCCUCGUCGCCAUGAACCUCAUCAGCCUCGUCGUCAACGACAACAACGGCCUGGUGGUGCGCUUCGCCGUCAUCAUGGAGGCCGAGGAGAAGAGCGACCGGCGCGUCCUCGCCCUGCAGGACGCCCUAAAAGACCAUAAAGAAAUCGCCGUGCGCUUCCAGGGCAUCGCCGACGGCGCCAAAAAGGUCCGCGGCUACAAGGACAAGUUCCUUGCGGCCAUCAAGCUUGGCGCCGAAUCACAGUUUGAAGCCUCGCGCGAAGAGUUCCUCGACGACCCGAAGAGCCUGGAAAAGAUUAUGAAGUGGUUCUUCAACGACCUCAACGCCGUGCGCGUCGGCAUGACGCCGCUCAUGCCGAAGCGCUGGAACAUCGGUAAAGUCUACGCGGACAUCUACCACGCCCUCAUGCGCGACUUUCUCGUCGGCAUGGUCGACGACCCCGAGGCUUCGUCGGCGCACACGCUCGAAAUCAUCAGCUUCCCCGAGAAGUACUAUCGCAAAAUGGCCAAGAUGGGCUACGCGCAGGCCGACCUCUCGCCGCACGUCAUCGACAACCGCGAGGCGGAGCUCGUGCGCGACUUUCGCCAGCUCAUCAUCCGCUUCCUCGACGAGUGGAUCGAGCGCAUCUUUGCGCAGGAGGAGCGCGACUUUGCCGAGCGCAACGCCGUCGAGGGCAGCAACCUCGACACGGACGAGUACGGGUACUUUCGCACCAAGAACCUCGUCGCGCUGUGGCGCAUGCUGCGGGAGCAGGUCGACGCGGCCGUCAACUCGCAGCGCGCCGACGUCGUCGAGGGCGUCAUCGACGCCAUGUUUGUGCGGCUCCGCCAGCGCCAGCAGCAGCAGCAGCGCAUGCUCGAGGACGAGGCCCUGCGCUACGAGACGGGCAAGGUGCCCGACCUCGAGGGCUUCCAGGCGCUGCAGGACUGGCUCGUCGCGACGGCCAACGACCAGAUUGCGUGCAUCGACGACGGCGAGGACGAGACGCGCCUCGGCUACCUCUCCUCGUUCCGGCAAAAGUUUGAGCCCCACGUCACGCCGCAGUACCUCGAGCGCGUCGAGCAGGAGCUCGGCGCGCUGCGCGACGGCUACGUCGACUGCAGCACCUGGUGCAUCAACAAGUUUGCGCAGCUCGUCUUCGCCAUCGACUUCAAGGCCGUCAUGCCCGACUUCUUCACCCCGCGGUGGUACACCGCCACGGCCAUGAAGCAGAUGGUCGUCACCCUCGACGAGUACGUCAACGACUACCGCGCCGUCCUCCACCACUCCCUCGUCGACAUCUUCAUCGAAAUCUUUGCCGACGAGCUGCUCGUGCGCUACCUCUCCAGCGUGCGCAACAAGGGCGCCAAGUUUCGCCGCGCCGACCCCUUUCGCGACAAGCUCUUCAACGACAUCGCCACCGCGUUUGAGUAUUUCGGCAGCCUGCCGAACCCAGACGUCGGCGCCUCCAUCAAGCAGACGUGGCGCGUCACCGAGGGCUUCCUCGCCCUGCUCUCGGCGGACCGCGCGGCCGUGCCCGACGAGUUUGCGGCGCUCAAAGCUAGGUACUGGGACCUGCAGAUCAGCUGGGUCGAGGCCGCGCUGCGCAGCAGGGACGACUUUGAGCGCGCCAUGCUGAAUGCCGUCAAGGCGAGGGCCGCGCAGGUCGAGGUGUCGCGCGGACCAGAGACCAUCAUGGCCAAGAUUAAAUAA